CUGUCGUUCCGGCUUGGUGUCAAAGAGGGAGCAGUGUCGCCGCUGCUGGAGUCCGGAGCUCAGCUCUACUGAAUCCACAUCGGAGGAAAAACAACAAAAAAAACAAAACAAAACAAGCAAACAAGGCGAUAUUUAGAGACUUCUUCGCGUUUUAGUGAAACUCAGCUGAAUUUAAAGGUGCAUAAGAGAGACUGAACAGUUUGAAUGAAAGGUGCAUUUUUAAUGAAUCUCAGAUAAUAAGCUGAAAUCCUCUGCUGCUGCUGCUGCUGCUGCUGGAACAAAGGACACCGGACUCAAAGACGUUUAGUAUGCCGAAAAAAUACUGAUCGCAUAUUUAUAAAUUCCUAGCUUUCUCAAUUAGAUCUGUUCAUUUUUAUAUAUAAAAAAAUACUUUAAACUGAAAUCGAUUUAUCCUAAUAACUGCUGAAUCAUUGACUUGAUUGACUCGGAACCGCAAAUCAAACACACACACACACUUUUAUUUCCGCUUGCUGAAAUUUUGCUGUAGUUUUAGUCGGUACUCGGUGUGCACGAUGAUCCGGACCCCCAGACGCGUGUCUCCGGCCUCAGCUCGGGCUCCUGUGGCUCUGUCCUGCCCGCAGAAGAAACUCCUGUCCGGGGUCAGGGCAGAUUUGCUGAGCUCGGGUCUCGCGAGUCCUCCCAUGAGCUCGGUACCGCUCGGCUACUUCACACAGCUCGGAAACACACCGGCGACCGAGCGGAGAACCGCGGACUGUCUGUACGCCACUCCGCACGGAGCACGAGCUCAGAAUGGCCGCCAGCCCGCUACCCGACUCCCGGCGAAGAGACGGCUGGAUUUGGAGGAUCCGCUCUAUCUCCCAGAUUUCCGCACACCCAAAGGAAAGGGGAACACGCCCUUGGCAAGGCUCUCCAGCCCAAGGACCCCCAAGUCUCCGGGCGAGCGAACACGCUAUGACACCUCGCUCGGUCUGCUCACCAAAAAGUUUGUGGGGCUGCUGAGCGAGUCGGCAGACGGCGUUCUGGACCUGAACUGGGCCACUGAAGUGCUGGAGGUGCAGAAGAGGAGGAUCUACGACAUCACCAACGUGCUGGAGGGAGUUCAGCUCAUCCGCAAGAAAUCCAAAAACCACAUUCAGUGGCUGGUGACCGGAGUGUUUGAGGGUUCGGCGAGUGCUUCGGAGCGGAUGAACGUUCUGCAGAGAGAACUGGCCGAGUUGGACAGGAAGGAGAACGCUCUAGAUGACCUCAUCCAGUCCAGCACCAAUCAGCUGCGAGAGCUCACUGAAAACAAAGACAACCAACGGUAUGGAUAUGUGACAUAUCAGGACAUUCGGUCCAUUUCGAGCCUGCAGAAGCAGACUGUGAUUGCGGUCAAAGCUCCUUCUGAGACCAAGCUGGAGGUACCAGAGGUAUCUGAGGAGGGGUCUAUGCAGAUCUACCUGAAGAGUAAGAACGGUGCUAUCGAGGUGUAUCUGUGUCCAGAGGAGGUGCUAGAGGAUGAAAGUCCAGUAAAAGGUGGCUCUGCCAGGAAGGACCACUCAUACGGCAUCCCACAAACGACUCACUGCAACACACCGUCUCAUCCAAACACACCUAAACAGCAGCACAGCCAAGAAGCUACACCACCUAAAUCCCAGGAUAACAGUAGCACCUCCACCCUAAUGGAUGUAGAGGGCAUUCUUGGGCUUCCCCCCAGCCUGCUACAGAUGACUGAAGAUCAGCUCCCAGGCACAGCCUUGACCUCUGACCCCUCCUUCGUCUGUUUCUCACCCCCUCUCGACCACGAGGACUACCUCUGGGGGCUGGAGAACGGAGAGGGGGUCUCUGACUUUUUCGAUAACUACGAUCUGGGGGAUCUACUCCAGAGCUGAAGACAUGUGCUUCAGUGUGUGUGUGUGUGUGUGUGAAAUGGUACAGUCCUGAUGUGUGACACGCUCUAUGUAAAAUGGGACGGUCCUAGUUCUUGUUUUAAGAUAGGUACUACUCUUUUUUUAUUUUUAUUUUCUAGUUGCAGUUUUGUUAGAAAAUGUGAAGAACCAAGGAAAGAGUCAUGAGCCAUUUUACAUUAAGAGCUUUGCUUUUUUUAUUCGUAUAUGUGACAAUAUCUAUCUAAAAAAAACCUCAGAAAUAUCUCCAUACUCGUGCUGAUACUCAAAUCACAGAGCGCCCCCUAGAGGAGCUACACGGCCCUGGCUUUUACAUUAGAAGAAUGUAAAACUUCUCAGAUAAGCAACAGGAUAUCUCCAGGCUUUUAUGACAAAAUCUGAAUAUUUAAAUGAAAUUACUCCUUAUCUUUCCCAAUCCUUCUUCUUCUUCUGCUUCUUCUUCACAUUGCUCUAAAACACACAACUGAACCUCAAAAGUGCCUAGAAAUGCACAAAUUCGCUGUGUUAGAGCAGGAAAAAAAAAGACUAAAAUGUGUAUGGGAAGAGGAAUAAAACAGGAGGAAUGGGUUGAAUUACUCUAGAAAGCCAUCGCUUAAUUUGUUAUAGCCAUAGUUAAUGAGCUAGCUAGCUAAUAGAUAUUUUCUGAUAAAGAAAAGAUAUUUUUCUACCUUGUAAUGUAGCCAAAAACAGACACUGUAGGAAUUUUUUUUUCUUUUGACAGUGUUUUCCUGUAGAGGAUUUCAACAUGCAUUUAUUGUUUUUCGAUUUGAAGCUGAAACUCAGGAAUUUUUUUAUUUUUACUGUCUUAAGAUGUCCAAAGCUAAGCAUUUGUACGGUUGUUUAUAAUUAUUAUUAUUAUUAUUAUUAUUAUUAUUUGUUUUUUUUUUAAAUUGUAUUAUUAUCAUUUUGCCACUAGAGGGCAGUAGUAAGCCAGAGUCACUCUGUCCUUCAUGUACUUCAGAUUGGUGCUCAUUAUGUGUGUUAUCCAGAAAAAAGGGGUCUAAACUAUACAUUUCCUCGUCACUGGGGUGCUGAUUUUAUCUACCGGACCUUUAAUACGUGCUUUUUCACGUGUGGCUUAAAAGUAGAAUAGAUUAGAUAUUUGGACAGUACUUUCUAUGCUUUAACUAGACAGCUGCUUGCUAGGUGGAAAAAUAUGAACUAAAGGUAUUUUACAAACCGUAAAAUGUAGCAGUCCAAUGACAAAGGAAUGGUACCAGUACCGCUUUUUUCUAUCCUCCACAGAACCAGUAUUUCAUCACAACCUAAUGAGACAAAUCUCACAAUCGUGCCUGUGAAGUCCAGAUCUAGCCCAGAGCUUACGCCAUGUACAAUAAUCCAAGCUAGCUCUCCAAGCGCUGUUCUCGCCUACCUCUCAGGUCCGACCUCGAAACAAGGUGACGUGAGCGCGUUACCGCUUCAACGCAAAGGAUACACAACGUUCCGGCAGCUAAGAGUUCAUCGAAGUGAUCCUAUUGGGCGGGGUUUUCUUUCCCUCUUUCUAUUUUUUAUUUCUGAUCGUUUUCUAUUAUUCAUCUUUUAUACAUAAAUGAGAAAUCGGAUCGGUUUUAACGGCUUGCGACGGGGAAAAAAUGGCUACUUAUUAUUGCAGUCAAUGAGCUGAGAUUACAUUUCUAGGCCAAAAUCCUACAUCACACAUAAUUCAAGUCACAUUGUUGGCGAUUGUGCAUAAUGAAAUAAGACGUUUUUUAAACCUAAAUCACUCGAGGAUGUCUGAUGGAUAUUUGUUUGAGUGAUGACUAUAGAUUUCAGCGUAUGUAUAGAUUAUAUACCUUUUAUAAAAACACCCCCAUCUUUUAUUUCACACUGAUUUUGACAGUGUGCACCGAUUCUGGCUUGAUUGUGUCCAACAUCCAACAUUCUGGGCGGAUGGAUCAUUCUGGCUGAUCUUUUUCUCCGAAUUAUUCCUUUAAAAAACGAUCCGUUUGGAAUUGAAUGAUCUCUCUCUUAAUAACAAGAGAACAAAGACGAUGUUGUGUCUUAUUUUUUGUUGACGUCGAAUUCUUGCCCCACCUGUCCUAAAGGCAGAACCAGAACUAGUCUAGUGUGUGUGUGUGUGUGUGUGUGUGAGGUUGAGCCAAGUCAUGGCUCAUUUUUAAACAUGUGUGAUUCAGCCUCGUCUCUUGCCGUGUUUUUUAACACUGUUUUUUGGUUUUCUUUUUUAAAACAAGGAGACGAUCUGUGACUCAUUUGAGUCUGAAAUUGCUUAGUUUGAUUUAUUACGGCUGUCAUGAGUGUGAUCUUAAGCUUUAUUUUUAAAACGAAUUCAACCUAAGACGGUCGAGGUGAUUAAUAUUUCAAUAAUGCAUUUUUUCCCCAUCCCUUUUGAAAUGGAUUCUCCAGGGAUAAACCCCUAACCUAAGACUUGCCAGUGUGUGUGAAUGUUACAAGAUGCUUUUAUUCCCCAGGGUUCCUCGUUUACUCGUCCCUCGUUUAUGCGUGGGGCUAACGUCCUGUCCUAACAAACUUGAAAAUUGUGUGCUUUUGAGCAUGUGUGUGUGUGUGUGUGUUUGUUUUCAUAAAGAGGUAUUAGGUAAUGAGUUUGUUUGUAGUGCAAAUUGUUUAGUUCGAAUUUCUUAGCAUUCUUUGUAAAAUGCAUUAUAUUUGCCAUGAGUCGAAGAAACGCUGAUUUUGUAUUUAUAUUGUAUAAUUUGACCGAAUUGAUUCUUAGUGUAAUGUGUAAAUAAGCAUUUGUUUCAAAAGAAAGCAGGGAGCACUUAAUGUUUCAUGGUGUUUUGUUUUUGUUAAAUAAAUAAAACCCUGGUGUUAUGA